CUAUUUACACUUUACCUUGUAUCUCUGCUGUUGGUUUGCAUGUUGCUCUUCUAAGAUAAGGUUUGGAUACUGCAGCAGUGUCUACUCUGCAGCGAUGAUGUCCACGCAAACCCUGACCCGCCAUCCAGAAGGGAACCGACGGCUGCACUGUCCUCUCUACGGGUGCAAACGCGUUUUCACGGACACGGUGGCCCUCGAAAGUCAUAUCAAAGACCAUGAGAUUCCUGCUGAGUCUAUCCCAGGUAAAAUUCUGCUCUGUUCCUCGAUCGGCUGCAGUGACUCUUUUCCUGACAUGCAACAACUGAUGCAGCACAUGAGGCACCAUCACAAACCAAAUAUCUUCUUCCUGUGUGAGAGCUGCCGUGCCAAACUGCGCUCGCACCGCGGUCUGCUCCUGCACCUGCACACCUGCUCCAAGGUGUCUCGGGCCAAGCUGAAGACGGAGCAGACGCAGGGCCCCCCGGCCCCCGAGGGCCCAACAGGGUACCCCGCUGCCACCGGGGAGGACUGGAGCCAGGAGCAGGGGACCCCCCAGGGAGAGUCAGCGACCGGCCACACGCAGGCCCCCUCUCACAGCCAGCAGGCCAGCGCCCCCCCCUCACACCAGAGCCCUCUCAAGGACUCUCAGGAGACACCUUCCUACCAGCAGCUCCAGAACUUCAGCCGGCCGUCUUUGACGUGUAAUGAUGGUGACAUGCUGACCGCUGACCCGCUUCAGUUUGAUGGCCAGACUGAAAACCAGGGCCAGUUCCAAGCCCAAGCACAGGGCCAGCUCCAAUCUCAGUACCAGGGCCAGUUCCAAGCCCAGGGCCAGGGCCAGUUCCAAGCCCAGGGCCAGGGCCAGUUCCAAGCCCAAGCACAGGGCCAGGGUCAGUUCCAAUCUCAGCACCAGGGCCAGUUCCAAGCACCACCGGAGCACCAGCCUCAGUACCAAGCCCACCCCCAGCACCAGUUCCAAGCCCCGUCGCAGCAUCAGGUCCAGUUCCAAGGCCAGCCGCAGCACCAGGGCCAGGUUGAAGCCCAGCACCAGGUCCAAGCCCCGCCUCAGCCCCCCACGUCCUCUGCAGCAGUUUGGAAGAAGAAUCAAGGAUCGCCUGGCAAUAGCCGCAUCCUGUGGGAGCACACCAGGGGGCGCUACCGCUGCGUGCAGUGCAGCCUCGUCUUACCCAACCGGAAAGCGAUGACCGCACACAUCCACACGGAGCACAAGACCCCCGCGGAAACUUAGACCCUUAGUCAUGUGACUGCUGAAGGAACGCGGGUCUCAUUAGCACUACCCCCCUCUAUGCUGAUCUUGUCUGGAGAAAUGAUGGAACAUGGCUUUUUUUUUAAAAUAUAUUUUAAUGUAAAUACGUAUAGCAUUAUAAUUUGUCAAAUGACAAGGAUCCUGAAGCAAGUCCCGCCGUGUGUGGUGUAGUAUAAUCAGAUAAAGGGUGCUUUUGGGGUAGAUAUCUGAUUUCAGUGUGAUGUGUGUUAGAUGUCAGCUUUCAGUCAAAUACUCUGAGAAGAUCUGCUCUGUUGAAGCCAAGGGCCACAAGUUUCUUUAACCUCAGAUUUUCUUGGUACCGUAUAGCAAUGAGGCAGUUUCUGAUUCACAUCAGAAUGCUUCCACAUUGAAUGUCAUCGAACACAGGAAAAAAAUUACUAAUAAAACGGAAGACAUUUUUAAAAAAGCAUAA